UGUACCGAAACCACGUAUCGCGGGACACGCCGUCGGGAGCCACACGUUUUUACCACCAUGAACCAUCUGUUGCUGAUUGUCGCCAUCCCAGUACUCGCCACCGCAUUCGCCGCUCACGUUCAAUAUCCCCGACAGACUUCGUCACUGCUGUACCCGGUUCAAAGCAAACGGAUCCGAACACAAGAGAAAAUCAUUACAGACUGUAUGACCGUGUGGUCCGAAGAGGGCCACCUGUACUACAAAUCGACGACCAACGAUCCGACCGUGUGCGGCAUUUACAUAGUAGCGAAACCCGAGCAGACGGUCCACAUUUACUUCGAUUACGUAGACGUACCCUGCAACACCGGCGGUUUAAUAGCGUUUGUGGACGGAUGGGAACUCAACGGACAGCUGUUUCCCAACGAACAAGAUCAUCCGAAACAGAUGAACGAUCGUUUCUUUGAGAUGUGUGGAACAAAAAAACACAAACAGAUAUUGAAAUCGUCGCAGAACGCUGCUUUGAUACAGUACCGAGUUCCACGUAGAGGCAACGGAUUCAGCUUUUAUGUAUCGUUCAUCGACAACCCUACCCCUUGCAACAUACUGUUGGCCGACAUCGCUGAAGUGUACACGCUGAGGAAUUACGGAAAACCGGUGAAUUGCAGUCUGACGAUGUUGUACCCGGCUCAGGUGAAAAUCUUGGCGUUGGGCGUCGGCCUUGGACACGAACAGAAGAGGACGUUAACGGAACGCGAGACAGGCACGAUUCAUAAGUGUGACAAACGAGGGCUGCCGGAUUUCGUUCAAGUCGGUGGUGGAGACGGUUUGGCCCAGUUGUCUAUGGUCGAUUCGAUUUGCGGCACGAACUCGGAACCAGAGAACGCCGUGGAGACGAUUAUGUGUGGCGUGACCACUGUGAGACUUGUAUCGAGUGGACAAUUUCACAACGCCGUCACAGUGGCCGUGACAACACCCGACGUCGAAGCUACGCCGUCAUUAGUGUGCGAGCCGUAGGAGCAGACGUGUAACAAAUUAAAAAAUAAAUAAAUUAACUCAGAAAUCCCUCACCUCCGAUAAAAUACAUAUUGUAACGAUCGAUUAUUUGUUUUCGCCUUUAUAACAUUAUCAUGUCUUCAAUGUCCGAUAGAAAAUAUUAUGAUACCCAUAACAUAGGUAAUAUUUAGAGUUCAAAAUUCGAAAAUUAUAUACAUAAUUUAUUUCUUUGUUCGUUUUGUAUAUUCGUACUUAAUAUACACAUAAACACAUAUAAAAACAUAACAUAAUUACAUCAAUAUAUAUAUAUACAUACAGCGGCGUGGUACUAAAUAUCUGAUAUCUACUCCUAUAUAUUUCCGUGUCCUAAUCUUUUAUCACCUAGUCUAAAUAGUGCAUAUUAUGUACGGUCAUAUAUUGGCCUACCGUCACGACCGACCACCUUACUUAACGUGCCAUCAAAAUUCAUAUUCUUUUUUGCCACGCCACUGCUGAAAAUACAUACUUACAGAAACCGAUAAUAAUAAAUUGUAAUACUGUAUACUCACGCGAAUAUAAGGUCUUGAUAAUAGUUAAUAAUUAUUGAUUGAUUGUUGAUAACAUAAUAUAAGUUUAAUAAUUUCAUAUUAUGUAUAAUACAAUAUUAUGUAAUAUUAUUAUUGAUAUUUGAUAUCGACGUAUUCAUGUUUGCUGUGUACUUAAAAUAAAUAUAUCGUAAUAUAUGUACACAAUGAUGCGGGAACCGAGAAUUAAAUGUAAUCACUAAUCAUAUUGUAUACAGUUAUCUGUUUUAGGAUAGUCAAACUGCACUCACUGCCCAGACCAAAAUGUUGAAAUUGCACUCGAGUUCAGAAAAUAGUUAUAUUUGAACUGUACUUGACUCGAUCAUUUUAUAAUAGAGUAUAGAAUAUAAUAUACAUAUUAAUUUUAGUAAACAGUUUCACGUGUGUCAAUCGAUGGCACGAAAUAAACGUAAAAUGUGUGAGAGAGAGAGAGCUCAAUAUUCGGGAUGUUUUAAAACAUAUCUUAUUUUAUAUUAUAAUUUAGCAUUUCUGAAAACCACUCAUUUAUUGUAUUAGAUUGUAACUUAAAGUGAAUUCAAUAAAAAUAAUAACUUUUAGAUAUUAUAAACAGACAUUUUUCUUUCAUCGAUUGAUCAUUAGUAAAUACGUUUUAUAUAAUAAUUAUAACGAGUGUAAUUUGAACAUAACCUUUUUGAACCCGAGUGCAAUUUGAACGUUACCUUUUUUUUUUUUUGAACCCGGGUGCAAUUUGCCUAUUACGUUUAACUGUCGUGAGUGCAAUUUGACCUUAUCCGCAUCCAGCUGACCAGUUUAAAAAAUAUCCCUUACCUAUCUAAAUACUUCAGAAAUUGUUUAUAAAAAUAACGACCGAGUCUAUACAUGCCAUAAAUGAUUUUCAACAAUAAUAAAUCUCUUCAUCCUA